UAAAUAGUGGAAUGGGGUGGUAGUGUUCUGGACUAGGAUUAGACAGGGUUAAAUAGUGGAAUGGGGUGGUGAGUUUUUAAAGAGGGUUAAUAGUUGUCAUGGUAAUUGUCCUUGUUCCCGUCUUACCGGAAGUAAAUGCAGGUCGGUUGUGACUGGCCUCCCACUCCAGUACAGUAGGCGGCGGUGUAAUGCAGACAAAUCCGCCAAAACAAAUCAUAAAGAAGAAGAAGAAGCGACUCAUCAGUAGCAGCUUGCUAAACCAAACAAAGAAAGAGUUAAGUGUCCAGACACGUCCUGUGGAUGUUAGGCAAUGUGUUUUAAAUACACUUAUGUUUACACCUUAGUACCGUUAAUCGAGUUUUUUAAAUUUCACAUCCAGUUAGGGACGUCGUUGUUUGUCUGUUGCUAAUGUUAUAGAUAGAUGGCUACGGCCGUUUCGACGGCACCAGUAGCUGAAGCUAAUUAACUUUUCACCAACACGUUUUCCAGAAAUAAACAAACGGCUUGUAACAAUUUAUAUAUUAAGUUAAAGGAUUCAUUUUUUACUUCGGCGAGUAAAGAACCGUCGGUGUCCCCAUCUUUCGUCAAACCAGCUGGCUACUAUAGGUAUCUUCUUGUUGGUAUAUUGACCUAAGCUAGUUGACUAACAUUCCCGACAAUGAGCUCACUAAGUUACUCCCCCCUUGUUAAAGAAGAGGCGGUCUGCUGGACGGAGAAAGAGGGUAUGUUGGUGAACAGUGUCGAGGAAGAGGACGUUAUUACAGUGAAGGAGGAGGAUGAAGAAGAGGAUGCCGUUUUUGGAGUGGGGAAGGAGGAGGAGGAGGCUGCCACAGUGAAAGAAGAAGAGGAGGAUGUUACAGUGAAAGAGAAGGAAGAACCUUUUGGAGAGGAAGAGCAGGAUAUCUCAAAAGAGGAAGAUGAAGUCGUUUUGGGAGUGAAAGAGGUGACUGAAGAUUUGAUUAACACCAGAGAGAGACCAGACUCUCACUCUGACAGCGGGAAGAGUCCUUCAGAGGAUCCAGAUCCAGAGGCAUCCAAACCAGCAAGACAACACCACUACUGCCAUUGUGGAAAGAGUUUUUGGUGGUUAGGGCACUUUAGAGACCAUAAGAGAAUGCACAUAGGGGAGAAGCCUUACCAAUGCUCCCAGUGUGAAAAAAGUUUUAGCCACUUAUGGAGCCUGAAAUCACAUAAUAGAAUACACACAGGAGAGAAGCCUUUCCACUGCUCCCUGUGUGGAAACAGUUUUACCCACUUAAGGGCCCUGAAAAGACAUGAAAGGACACACACAGAAGAUAAGGCUCAUCACUGCUCCCAGUGCGGAAAGAGUUUUACCCUGUUAGGGAGCCUGAAAAGACACGAGAGAAUACACUCUGGAGAAAAGCCUCACCACUGCUCUCAGUGUGGAAAGAGUUUCAGCUGGUUAACAAGCCUGAAAAUACAUGAGAGAACACAUACAGGGGAGAAGCCUUUCCACUGCUCUCAGUGUGGGAAAAGAUUUUCCCAGUUAGGGGAUCUAAAAGAACAUAAGAGAACGCACACUGGAGAAAAGCCUUACCACUGUUCCCAGUGUGGGAAGAGAUUCACCCGGUCAGGAAACCUGAAAAAUCAUGAGCUAACACACUCUGUAUAUAAGCCUUAUCACUGCUCCCAGUGUGAAAAAACAUUUUUUUCAUCAAAUGCCCUGAAACAACAUGAGUUAACACAUGCUGAAGAGAAACCUUUCCACUGUUCCCAGUGUGGAAAGAGAUUUUUCUUAUCAGGGCACCUGAAAAGACAUGAGCUAAUACACUCUGCGGAGAAGCCUUUCCACUGUUCUUAUUGUGAAAAGAGUUUUAAGAGUUUAUGGAACAUGAAAGUGCAUCAGAAAACACACACAAAGGAGAAGCCUUCCACUGCUCCCACUGUGGGAUGAAAUGUACACGGUUUCAACUAUUCAGAGAGCAUGAAAGAAUCAACAGCGGAGAGAAGUUAUUAGUGGUCCCAGUGUGGGAAGGGAUAUAGAACAACACAUGGGAUUAGAGCCAUUUGUGAAAGAAAAUCUAUUUAAGAUAGUUUGGUUUAUUUAUUUAUUGUGUAUAAAAAUGUUGUGAAAGGUAUUAUUCACGUGGAAUAUCCCUUUACCAUGUUCUAGAAUCCUAGAAUUGUAGUUAAAGGGUUUCAUCUAAGAUGACUUGAGGGAACAUUUAUUUCAACAGUUUUUUUGGGGGGGGUAUCUGUACUUUACUUUUUUUGGUCCAAAAUGGUCCAAUUCACACACUUAUCAAGAGAACAUCCCUACUGCCUCUGAUGUGGCGGACUCACUAAACACAAACGCUUCAUUGGUAACUGAGUCAGGGGCUCCAACCCUCAGACAUAUCUGUGAAUUAAAAUAAAUAUAUAAUUGUGCUGUCUGGUUUGCCUAGUAUAAGGAAUUUGAAAUGAUUUAUACUUUUAACUUUUAAAAUCAAAUGCUUUUAGACUUUUACUCUAGUAUUUUACUGGGUGACUUUCACUUUUAGUUGAGUCAUUUUCUGUUGAGGCAUCUUUACUUUUACUCAAGUAUGAUGUAUCAAGUAUGAUUGGGUCCCACCACUGUUCAUCAACAAACUGUGUGACAAACCUGAACUUUCUUUUUGUGAGUAGCCUACAAAAAAUAAAUACAAUUUUGAGGACAAUGUUGGGCCAUUACACAUGUCUACUAGGGUACACAUGUCCACUAGGGUACGCAUGUCCACUAGGAUACACAUGUCCA